UUCGAAAAAUUUCUUCCUGAUAUGGAUACGUGCUUUUUAGCAACGAAAAGUCAGCAUAUAAUUGAAUGUCAUAGUGAACGAAAUAGUAAAUAGUAACCAGUGAUUUAAAUGAAUUAUAUAAGUAAUGAACAGUUAAUUAUUAUAAAUAGUAAGUUUCAUGUAAGGGUAUAAAUAAUUAAGUAAGAGACAGUAUUAUAAAUUCACCCCACCGUUAGAAAUUGUUCAAAUAAAUAAGAAAAGCAUUACGGUACUUUUUUUAAUUCUCAGUAUUCUAAUAAAAGAAAAAAGAUUUUAUAAAUUAUUUUUGGCUUUCAUUAGUUAGUAAAUAAUAUUUAUUAUAUACCCUUUUUAGAAAUACCGUUAAAUUUUUCGGCUCUAGCUUUUCUAAUAAAGUUUAAUCAAUAUCUACAAUGAAGAAACUACCCCUAAUCAGGCCUAGAUAAAUUAAAACUCAUCCGAAUUUUUGUAUUUCCACAUAGUGCCCUUUUACAAAGUCUCUCAGUGAGAACUACAAAUUAAUACAUUACUGUGUCUUUCCCGUUCCCAUAUUUCCCUGAAAAUUCAAUUUUUUUAUAGAAAUAUGAAGACUUUAAACAACAUCAAUUCGAAGACGAUCACAAACGUACCUGUAUGAAAUUAUCUAUUCAUGAAUCAAACUAUUCAAUUUAACCAAAGUAUUGAUAUGUAAUAAAGCUUCAACUAGAUACAGUGUCUUUUAUUACAAGCAUUCUUAAAUAAUUUUAACCCAUUAGUUCAACACAUUUCACCACCUUGUUGAUGAGGUAAGAGAUAGUAAUUACAAUAUAGAAUUAUAAAAUUCAUUCAUUUACUCUAAAUAUGUAUUUACAUUAAAAAAAUAAACAAAAAAACGAAAACAGAUUGUGUGAUUCAAAUUUUCAUUAUUAUUUUUAUUAUAAGUUCUUGUUGAUAAAUAAAUGGCGUCUUUUUUACUAUUCCUAACCUUUCUACAACUCUGUAACAACCAUCACAUCAUUCUGCUUAUUAUUUAAUCUUAAACUUAAUUCGUUUGUUAUUAGUUAUAAAAAUUUUUAUUUCAGUGAAAUUAUCAUUAUGACCUGCAACCUUUAAUCUAAACUUAUAGCAAUGUAAUCCUUAAGUGUUUAUUAAAAUUAGUAAAUUUAUUAAUUUGAAUCCCAAGAAAUCAGUGUUCAUAGAACUAAAACUAAUUAUCAGGAAAUAAUGUUUACAAUGACGAAAUUAUAGGUCUAUGGAAAUGGAACAAAUGCAUAGUGAAAUUGACAGGUGGAAAUGUGACUUCAAUUUUUAGUGAGGUUGGGAGUUUCCACUAAAUCACUAUAUUUUUAAUAUAAGUUACAGUUUCUCCAAAUUUUUGUUUUAGAUAAAAGCGUUCAAGUUAGCUAAUGAAAAUAAAAGUAUUUAUAAGCUCAACUAGAUUUCGCUACAUCAGAAAUUUUAUUUAAAAUAUUAAAGUGGAAUAAUUAUUUGCGGAAAUUAUUUCCUCUUAACAAUAAAAAAUGACCGACAAAAAGGAAGAUAUCCCGAAACCUAAUGUAGAUGAAGAAUUAUCCAACCUUUUAGACAGUGCUCUAGAGGACUUUUCAAAAGUAGACACAGCCAAAAGAGAUGAAAUUUCAACAUCAAAUACUAAUGCUUCAAUUAGCGCUAGUACAGAUAGUCAAGAAUGGUCUCAAGACUUUAUUCAGCAAGCUGCCAGUCAGUUCGAGGAAAAUUUUGCAAAUUUCUUAGCUAGUGCAGAUCCCAAUACAGAAGUAACACCAGAGUUUAUUCAGCAAAAGUUGCAGCAAAUGGCUGACGCUGCUCAACAAGUUCUUGAAAACCCCACACAAGCCACAGAUAAUUCUUCUGAUUUUGCUGCUUCUAUAUCACAAGCUAUUCAAUCUCUGAACGCAGGUGCUGAAGGUCUACAAGCUCCUUUGAAUGAAGAAGAAUUGAUGAAGAUGUUUACUAGUCAAAGAACUGGUCAAGAAAAUGAUCUGUUACCAUUUAUGCAAGGUAUGAUGCAAGGCUUACUUUCCAAAGAAGUACUAGGACCCAGCUUAGAAGAUUUUGUACAAAAGUUACCAGAAUAUAUAGAAAAAAACAAAGAGACACUAGAUAAAAAAGAUAUUGAACGAUAUGAAAACCAGAGAAAACUCAUGGAGGAGGUGCUAACAGAAUUAAAUAAAGAACAGGAGGGUGAUAGUACUGAAGUUAAGUCUGAAAGGUUUGCUAAAGUACUAUCACUUAUGCAAAAACUGCAAGAUUAUGGACAGCCUCCUUCUGAGUUAGUGGGAGAUUUAGAAACUCCAUUUAGUUUUGACCCUCAAGGCAAUCCACUAAAUUUUCCUAAUCCAGGGCAGGCCAAUUCCGAAUGCAGUCUGAUGUAAAAAGUUAUUGUUAUUGUUUAUUUGAAUUUUAUUUUAAUGGGGUUGGCAAAAAAAUCUCAUCGUGUUGAAAUAUUUAUUUUCUUUCAAUCUAAGUAGUAAAAGUGUAUUUAAUUGAACUUACUACUUUUCAUAAAUAUGAUUAAUUUUGUGUCAAUUGCACAAAUUUUGUGUAACAUGUUUGUUUCGUUUUUUACUAUGGAAACAAUGAAUCAAUGUUUGUGGUAUUGAAAUAAAUAAUUAUAU